AUGUACAACAAUAGACAACUCGCCUAUGCGCCGACGCCGUACAUACCGCGCUCCAAUCUCUCUGCGACCAUCAAUCUUGACGAGGAGGCCAAGCUGUCUACGAACAAUGCCGAACGAGACCUAUACGACUCCCUGGCCGAGAUUUAUAGCAUAAUCAUUACCUUGGAUGCCAUUGAAAAGGCCUACCUAAAAGACUCCAUCACCGAAGCCGACUACACCGAGACAUGCAGUCGCCUAAUGAAGCAGUACAAGUCCAAUCUUGCCAAUGAGACUGUCACGCGAGCAUUUGGAGACUUGGAUCAGUUUGCGAAGGAAUGGCAUAUGGAAUGCCCUCGAGCUAUUGAACGACUACGCGUUGGUAUACCGGCCACAGUCGAACAGGGACCAUCAAGACCAGCUCAGCAGGGCGACUUUGCUGAUGCGACGCUUGUCGUCAAUGCGACCGAGACCUUCAUCACCCUACUCGACGCCAUCAAGAUUGGGCUAGUUGAAAAGGACACGCUACAUCCCCUGCUCGUGGAGAUUAUACAGGCCGUCAACAAGGUCACCGAUGUCGACUUUGAGAGCAAGGGCAAGAUUGUGCAGUGGCUCAUCACCCUGAAUCAAAUGCGGGCAGCCGAGAAGUUGAGCGACGAACAGGCGCGCGAGUUUCAAUUCGAUAUGGACCAGGCCUAUUACGGUUUCAAGACGACACUGAAGAAAGCUUGA